GAACUCCGUGGCCAACCCGGGGAUGAUGUAUGUGUUGGGAAGUCAGGCAUCGGUGGUGAACGAGAACUCAGGUCUGAAACAACAAGUCGAUGGUCUGAAUGCAGACAACGAGCAGUUGAGACGCAAAUUGUCGGCCAAGAACUCAGAGUGCGAUAAACUGAAGCAACAAAUCAAAGACAUUAAGCUUGAAUGCGACCGAUAUAAGCAGGUUAUGAUCCAAUUGAAUGACACCAUCGUCAAUGGCAACGGACAUGGAUCUGGAACGGCACAAAAAGGCCGCAAAUACCAGAACUCUCACCAGACGUGUCACUCGUGCUGUGCGGCGGACAAGCCCUACAUCUGCGACUGGCAGAACUGUGGCAAACGGUUCCGCAAGAAACCACAUCUGGACACUCAUAAGAACAUCCACACCGGACGUCGGUUCCCAUGUGAUUGGCCUAAUUGUGGCAAAAGCUUUGUCCGCAAAUACAAUCUCAUUGAACACCGAAAACUGCACUCCAGUGUCAAUCCCAAUGUCUGCGAGUUUGCCAAUUGUGGCAAAUUUUUCUCAAGCAAAUACAGUCUAAUGAGACACCAGAGCGUCCAACACAGCCAACAAUAAAAGACAUCUUUAUUAUUCAUACCAUCGGUUCACUCAUUCAUCCAAUUAUUCAUCCAUUCAUUGCAUUUCAUUCACUAUUGUUUAGAAGCAA